AUGCGACAGAGUGCUCAUUAUUUCCCCGACAGACUGAUAAGUGAGAUUUUUUGAUUUUUUAACAAUUUUUUGACAAAAAUUAAAAAAAAAUUUUUUUGAAAAUUUGAAUUUUUCGGCUAAAUAAUCGAUUUUUUGACCUUCUGUUGCUGGGUAGCCAUUUUUUAAUAAAAGAUUCUGUCUUAUACAUGGCGUAUUUUACAAAAAAACUUCGAUUUUAUCAAAAAAUCGAAUUUUAACCCCCUAAAAAUCCCUUUCCAAUUUUCAGCCAUGCUCUCCCGCUCACUCCUCCUCCUAGCCCUCGGGCUUGCUCUGUUCAGCGGCGUUGAGGCGAUGCGAAAGCAAGGAGUUGCGGUGAAAGGCCGCCUCUUGUGCGGAGCCAAGCCUUCGGAAGGGGCGAAGGUCCGCAUCACCGACAUUGACACAGGACCGGACCCGGACGACACCCUCGACGAAAAAUUAAUCGAUGCAGCGACUGGGGAGUUCAAAUUGACCGGCUUCACGAGAGAACUCACCGACAUCGACCCGGUUUUGUACAUCUGGCACAACUGCAAUGAUGGGGAUACGGUAGGUGGGGGAGUUGAGGAAAAAUUGAGUUUACUGAGAGAGUAGUGCAAGGGUUUUUGUGAAAUUUGGCAUGCUGUCGUUAUAUAGAGUCGGCAUUGAUCGCUAAAAAUCUUGGCUCAAAAUUUGCAGGCAUUCCUGAGAUAUCAAUUAAUUAUUGUAGAUAUUGAUGACUAAAAAUUGUAAAAAAAAGUAAAGCUUCAAUUCCCUUCAAAUCUUGGCCAUGAUAUCUGGCUGGGCCAUAGAUAAUUUCCUCAAAGUUUUAGCUUUUUCUAUAAAGCGAGACCUGAGAUACACCAUAAUCUUUGCCUACGAGAGAGCACAAGAAAUGAGGAGAGACGGUCAGAGAAAAAAGUUUUUGAAGUUUUUAGCGAUAUCUCUGUGAAUUUACAGGAGAAAAAAUUGAUUUUUUAGUGCUAAAUUCGUGAGUGCUAGUUGAAACAGAAUGCCAAUUUUCGUUCAAAAAAAACGCAAAAAAUUUUUUUUUGAAUUUUCACUUUUUUCGAUCAAAAAAUCAAAUUUUUUUUAUAAUUUGAAUGACGAGGAGGUCGUAUUUUACCCUAAAACCAUUUUUUCAGCCAUGCGAAAAGAAACUGAAAUUCGUCAUCCCCAAGAAGUACAUCAUCAGCAAGGAAGCCGAGGAGCAGAACUGGGUGGACGUCGGCGUCAUCAACCUCCAGUCCACCUUCGAAAAGGAAAAGAGGGAAUGCAUCAACUAG